AUGCCAUCCCAAAAGAACUGGCCGCAAUGGAGGAAAUACCUGAAUCUUGGGCUGGUCUCUUACUAUGUGAUGAUGGUCUUCGCACUAAUUGAUGUAGCAACUGUGACAUGGGGAUCAAUGAACGAAGAGCUGGGCUUCAGCUUCGCGCUACUGAAUGACAGUUAUGCUGCUGGGUGUGGAGCAUUAUGCAUCGGCGGCAUAAUCCUGAUCCCGUUUGCUUUGAAAUUCGGCCGGCGACCAAUAUACAUAUUCAGCACUGCCGUUCAGUGUGGAAUCAGUGUAUGGUCUGCCAAAAUGGAGACUGUUGCAGACCUGAUGCUGGUCAAUGUCUUGAGCUGCAUAGUUGGUGCUCUGGCGGAGGUCCUGGUUCAAAUGACUGUUGCGGAUGUCUUCUUCGUCCACGAGAGAGGUCUCAUGAACACAAUCUACUUUUGGGUCAUGACCGUCGGUACUACAUUGGCUCCUCUUGCAGGUGGAUUUAUUACACUCUCACAGGGAUGGCGUUGGGUUUGGUGGUGGAUGGUUAUUCUAUUUGGUGUUGGGUUCGUCAGCUUUGUUUUCUUCUACGAGGAGACGAUGUUUAACGCCCCACCCAUCAAUGGUUUAUCUGUGCCCGAAGCAACAUUGGAUAAAAAAGAUAAACUCGACACAGAACCAGUCAAAGGGACUCUUGAUUCCCAUGCUGUCGCACUGCAGUCCGAGAUCGUUGAGGUUGACCAAUCCAUCCCCCACAAGACAUACUUAAAAAAGCUGUCUUUGUGGACCAACUCGCCCAUGCCUUUUGGCCAAUUGUUAAAACACAGCUACCAGCCAUUUUUGAUACUCUUCAGUUUUCCAGCAGUCUUUUUCAUGGCCGUCCAAUACGGUAUCAUGACAACCUGCACGACCGUUCCCGUCACCACUCUUUCCUCCGUCAUGACACUGCCACCUUAUAACUUUGGCUCUGCUCAGAUCGGUUUGAUGGGGAUUCCGCCGUUCCUCGGCACCAGUCUAGGAGCACUGGUUUGUGGACCGUUGAGUGAUUAUAUCGCUCUUUACCUGGCCAAACGAAACAAGGGUAUCUUCGAGCCAGAGAUGCGUCUUUGGCUUUCUUUGGUAUUCAUGCCCUUGGUCCCGGCGGGUUUAUUCAUGUUUGGUAUUGGAUUAAACAACGGAUCCCAUUGGCUCUUACCAGCCUUCGGACUUGGACUUGUAGGAUUCGGCACUGUCCCGGCCUGCAGUGCCGCCUUGACCUACCUGACGGAUGCAUACACCGACGUUAUUGCGGACUCAGUCGUUGGAGUGACCUUCAUUCGAAACCUGAUUUCUACCGUCUUUGUUUUUGCCCUUGACCCUUGGGUCAAUCGGGUUGGACUAUCAUGGUUCUACGUUACCUUUGGUCUUAUUGCUACAGUUAUUCUUCUCGGAAACUUCAUAUUCGUUUACAUUGGGAAGAAGUUUCGGGUGAAGACUGCAGGAAGAUACCGUCAUUAUAGCGAGCAGAGUACCGAUUGGUAA